CUCGUUGCCCCCGCCCUCAGAGGGCGCUGCGGUGGGUGGGGUCACGCUGCACGCGGACAUUUGUGCGUCCGGCAGCCUCAACGUCUUGUGCGGCGACUUUCAGUGUGCGCGAGAAGAACUCUGCCGAUUCUUCAGCUGCACACAGACACACACACAAACACACACGAGUGUCGAUGUCGCAUCCAUCGUGUGUAGCGUGCCUACGCGAUGGCAGUGGGUGCGGCAGCUUCUGGAUGAAUGGAUUAUCCGCAGUCUUGCCCCUGCAGACGCAAGCCAGCCACACACUCAUGCAAUGCAGCAGACAGACAUGUCUGUCAGUCCCGACUGUGCGGCCUACGUACUGGUCGCCGAACUCCUCCUCGAUGGUCUUCCUGUCGUCAGCAUUUUUAUGGCCGAUGAACAACACCACAUCACUUGGGCCGCUAGCGCCCGGCGUCAGGGGGACCAUGGAAGCCUUCAGGUCGCCGACGGUGCUGAACCUGCCCGCCGCCAUGUAGUCUCUAGAAUCCAAGGGGAGGAGGUCGGGGGGGUCGCUGUCAUCGUAACGCGACACGAAGUAGCGAAUGGUUGGCCCGGGGGGACAAGUGGUCCACUUUGAUGGGCGCUGUGUGGGCGGGCAGACCUCCUCUGACACUGCAUGAUGGACACACACACACACACGAGUGUCGAUGUCGCAUCCAUCGUGUGUAGCGUGCCUACGCGAUGGCAGUGGGCGCAGCAGCUUCAAGAUGAAUGGGUCAUCCUCACUCUUGCCCCUGCACACCACACGCAAGCCAGCCACACACUCAUGCAAUGCAGCAGACAGACAUGUCUGUCAGUCCCGACUGUGCGGCCUACGUACUGGUCGCCGAACUCCUCCUCGAUGGUCUUCCUGUCGUCAGCAUUUUCAUGGCCGAUGAACAACACCACAUCACUUGGGCCGCUGGCGCCCGGCGUCCAUGGAAGCCUUCAGGUCGCGGACGGUGCUGAAUCUGCCCGCCGCGAUAUGGUCAGUAAAAUCCAAGGGCAGGAGGUGGUAAGAAGUGGCAUCGUAACGUGGCAAGAAGAAGCGAAUGGUUGGCCCGGGGGGAUGGGUGAUCCACUUUGAUGGGCACGUCAUCUUGCUCCUUUGCUGUGCACCCACGAGGUUUGUUGAACAGAUCUUUUGCUUGACUAAGCCGCAGAUCUGGCCGGAUGCCUCUCCCCC